UCUUCUCCGCGCAGAACAAAAUAUCCUACAUAUUCCUUAUCUUCCCUCUUCUCUUCUCCACCUAGCUUCUUCACUACUUAAAAAGAAACAAAUCCAACCAACGCUCUCUAGAAAUUCUUUCAUCCAAUUUUGGAAAUGAACCCCUCCGGCCAGGAAGAUCCGUUCAUCAAGCAUCGCCACACCGCUCGCUACUAUGCCCAGCGGGUCCGUGAAAGCCUCACCACCCGCGUCUCCAAGCUUAUAUGUGCCAUUUUCUUGAUCAUUCUUCUCGUUUCUGGUAUUGUUGCUUUCAUUGUAUGGCUUAGCUUGCGCCCGCAUCGGCCCCGGAUCCACAUCCACGAUUUUUCGGUUCCGGCUUUGAGUCAAGCCAAUGGUUUUGAGAAUGCCAAGAUAACAUUCAAUGUAACAGCGCGGAAUUCGAACCAGCACAUCGGAUUUUAUUAUGAUCACGUGGAGGGUUCGGUUUAUUACAAGGAUCAACGGAUCGGGUAUACGCCGUUAUUGGACAAGUUUUAUCAAGAGCCCAAGAAUACUACGAUUGUGUAUGGAGUGUUAAGUGGGGCCACCUUGACUGUGAAUAGCCAGCGUUGGAUGGAAUUCUUGAAUGAUCGAUCUCAAGGGAUGGUGAUCUUUCGUUUAGAUGUAACAUCAAACAUUCGAUUUAAGGUGUCCACGUGGGACAGCAAGCGCCAUCGGAUGCAUGCCAACUGUGAUGUAGGGGUGGGCCCUGACGGUUCAAUCUUGGCAAGUUAUGGGAAUAAGAGGUGUCCGGUCUAUUUCACUUGAUAGACAUUGGUAUCAUGCGUUGCAGACAAGAGAUUGAUGCAAUUUCAUUUUCUCAAUAUUUUUUUAAAUUUAUGUUCCUUAAAUUUUCGACUUCAUUGAUUAAUAUGUAAUUUCCUUGAGUUGGGAAGGCGUUAAUGUUAAUUACUUAGUUGUUGUAUAUUUAAACCAUAACUUUUCUUCACGGUAU